AUGUCUCUUAACAUUUCCUCGUGGGCGUUGGCGCCUGCCAACUCCGUGGCAUUCAUCAAUGGCUCGAUCUACACUGUCGAUACUACCAAUCCAUGGGCCUCCGGCUUCGUCGUCUCACCAGAGGGCAUAUUUACGCAUGUUGGGAGCACGGAGGAAGUAGCUUCGUUAGCCAAUCGUUCUCAGCUCAUCGUCGUCGAUCUCAAAGGCAACUUCACCAUGCCCGGAAUUCACGAUGCACACGCACACUUGAUGCUCUCGGGUCUCGCCCUCAUUUCGGAUGCCAACAUUGGCACAAAUGUCACGAGCUUCAAUAUUGCCGAAAGAGUACAGGAAGGAGAGUGCGCCUGCGAAUAUAUCAAUGCCUACCAGAAUUGGAUCUUAGCUGGACAGUAUACCAGCGAAGGAUUUCCAAAUAACACCGUCGACCGCCAGUAUCUGGAUACCGCUUUUCCUGAUCGUCCAGUCGCUGUAGGCGGCGGUGCAGGGCAUGGCGCGCUACUCAACACAGCUGCACUGGAGCUGGCCGGCUACGACGUGGACAACGAGCCCGAUACGCAAGGAUCCAUCUUCCUACGACGACCAGACGGGAGCCUGACGGGUGAAUUGGGCGAGACCGCCAUGAACAAGUUUGGAGUAUCUUUACCGCGGCCAGGAACACCGCAUAUAAAACGAGCCCUCAAGCGUGCAAUGGAAACCGCGCAUCGAUCCGGCAUCACAAGUGCCCAGGAGGCAUCCGGGAAUACCAUGCUCUUACGUGCCUUAAGCGAGAUGGAACGUGAAGGGACGGUGAAACUCGACGUCUUCACUCAUAUAGUUUACGGGCCUGAAUGGGUGUCCCGUGAAAGUAAAGACGACUCGGUCCGCCUUCUUGCAGAGGCGGAAGAAUUCAGGAGCACGCAUGUCCAUCCAAACUUUGUCAAGAUCGUCCUAGAUGGUGUUCCUCUCCCGCCGUUCCUUUCGCACGCUCCACUCGAUGCGGAUGGCAAGGUCAACAGUACGCACAUUCAAGUCCUAGAUGUUGCUGAGGCAGUAAAUCAGUACGAUCGGCUUGGAAUGACGGUAAAGAUUCAUUGUACGGGUGAAGGAGCAACGAGAAUGGCAUUGGACGCCAUUGAGGCAGCACGGAAGAACAAUCCUGGCGGCCCCAGACACGAAAUUGCGCACAACAGUGGCGUCAACGAAGGAGACUAUGAGCGAUAUGCAGGAUUGAAUGUCACUGCUGAAAUGAGCCCUGCGGCGUUUUUCGGAAGCGAACUUGAGCAAGGCAGUGAACUGAUGGAUUGGAACUUUGCCAAAAUGCGAUCAGCAGGUGCACACAUAACUGUAGGGUCGGAUUGGGGCGCGGCACCUGAUCCUACUAUCCUGAGCUUUAUGGCCAACAAGCUGGAGCAGAUCGGGGAUGGCUCCAUAGAGAAGGGUGCCGAACUUGCAUUGCAAAUGCUUACUUUGAAUGGCGCACAGGCAGUAGGAAGAGAAAGAGAAGUCGGAAGCAUUCAGGUUGGCAAGAAGGCAAAUUUCAUUGUUGUGGAUAGAGAUUUAAGUCGGGGCGAGUUCGCUGAGGCAAGCGUUCUGCGAACUUACUUUGAGGGAGAGAAGGUGUGGGAUGCUGCCCGACCGUAAAUUGGGAUAUACUGGCGUUCCUUGGC